UUUUGGAUUUAUAAUUCUGCGUAGAUCUUUUAAUUUUUAGGGUAAGGGAGAUGAAAAGGGCGGUGCCGCAGCGAGCCUUGUGGCUGGCGACGGCUGCGGCCAUCCUCGUCGCCGGCGCCAUCCUGCUCUCCAACUUCCUACGCAACGCUGAUCGCGGCCUCGUCUGCCCGUUUCCACCUGUCUUCUCGCAUAUUUCCUCCGGCAGCAGCGGCGACGUCAAGGGUGAGCUAGCGGAGGCCUUGCUCUACUACGUCACCACGCCUCAGAUUCCGCAACAGUCGCGGGCGGAGAUCCAACUCACAUUCGACGUUCUUCGCAGACGUUCACCUUGCAACUUCUUGGUCUUCGGGCUCGGCCGCGACUCUCAGAUGUGGGCCGCGCUCAACGCUGGUGGCACCACUGUGUUCCUGGAAGAGGACAAGGAGUGGUACGAGCUAGUGCUCAAGGAUAACCCUUUCCUGCGGGCGCACUACGUCAAGUACCGCACCCGGCUUGACGAGGCGGGCAAGCUGCUGACGGGCUACCGAGCGGAGCCCGAGUGCCGGCCGGGGCAGGCGGAUGGCAUCGCUGGGCUCCAGCACAACGGCGGGUGCCCUCUGGCACUGGUAGGGCUUCCGCAGGAGAUCUACGAGCGGGAGUGGGACGUAGUGAUGAUCGACGCGCCGAAGGGGUAUUUCCCGUCGGCGCCAGGGAGGAUGGCGGCAAUCUACUCGGCGGCGGUGAUGGGGCGAGGAAGGAGGGGGGAGGGGGAGACCGAUGUGUUCCUCCACGAUGUCGACCGGAAGGUGGAGAAAGCUUUCGGCUUGGAGUUCCUGUGCCAGAAGAAUAGAGUUGGAGCCACCGGACGUCUGUGGCACUUCCGGAUUCCGAAGGCGAGAGCCAAUGAGACCACCUCCGGAACUACCUUCUGUUGAUUUUCAUCAAUUCAGUUAGUGUUAUCUUGGUCGAGUUACCGUAAAUUUGGUGAUUUCUGUGGUAAUCACUUGUGUUGAGAUGUUCAAUUAUUUAUUAUGUAUUAUUGUGGAAGUAGAGUAUUUUAUUUUUCAUUAAAAGGACUAUAUGAAUGGUCCCAUCAUUCUGGAUAAAUAGAUAAGAACUCUAUUUCAUAUGCAAA